AUGGUUACUCGAACUGUUAGAAUGAGCUCGUUUUUCUUUAAUUCGGAAGGGAGGAGAGGAAAGGUAAAACCACGGAAUAGAAGGUAUUUGAAUGAGUUGACCGGUCAAUGGGUGCAACCCGUUAUCAAAUUAAUUUCUCGCCGUUUUCGCUCAUCUUGUGAAUCAUUUUUACGCAGGACUGAAUCUUUUGCUUCUACUGACCAGCAGUUAGCGAAGGACCUACGACAUUUACUGAAUAAUUAUGAUUCUCGAAUCAGGCCAAAUUACACAGGUCGUCCAGUCGAAAUCCUUGUUGAUUUCUCGGUGGCGUCCUUUGCAAAUAUCAGAGAAGUGGAAAUGGAAUUUGGACUGGACAUGUUCUUCCGCCAACGUUGGCAAGACAAGAGGCUCAGUCAUAAUAUGACAACGAUGAUGACCCUUACAAUGGGGACGAAACACCCAGCAGACUACAUCUGGGUUCCAGACACAAUGUUUGUAGACGCUACUAAAUCUUACAUGCACAAUGUCCUUGCUACAAAUCACAAAGUGGAUAUUUCUGCAAAAGGAGAGGUAAACUGGGGAACAAGAGCAACUCUGACAGCAAGGUGCCACAUGAAUUUCCGUACAUUUCCCAUGGAUGAACAAACUUGCUCCCUAAGUAUUGUGAGCUAUGCCUAUCCUACGAACCAUCUAAUUUUCACCUGGAAGUCCAACCCAGGGGUCAUUGUCUUGGACAAGGAAAUGGCGCAGUUUUACAUGACGAACAUGACUACUGCUGAACAACGAGUCCAAUACGUUGCUGGGGAGUAUUCAGUUCUUCAGGCGACUUUCACAUUUAAAAGAAGGAUGGGUUUUUACUUGAUACAGAUUUACGUCCCUUGUAUAGCAGUGGUGUUUGUGGCCUGGAUGUCCCUAUUCGUCGACAGCAAAGCCACCCCCGCCCGGGUGGGGUUGUGUAUCACGACUCUUUUGACGGUCGCUACCAUCUGGGGCUCUGUCAACUCCACUAUGCCAAGAGUUUCGUAUGUGAAAGCUAUCGACAUCUAUCUCAUGACAUCUUUCUUCUUCGUUCUGUGCACCAUGUUGGAGUACAUUAUCUUGAUACACAAGGGAAGGGCAAAGAGGAGUAUUUUAUUGCUCAAGGCACCAUUUCUACAGAAGGAUAAUCUGCAAGAAACUUACUGCAAUUUGACAAGCGAUUACUCGUGCUAUAGAGGUGGGCUGUAUUCGAUGGAAGAAGCACAGACUCACUCGCCAUGCAAAGAGUCUCCAAAGGAUACUUCAUCGCCACCAGACAGCAAAGAAAUCAAUUCCAAAGACGUGGAAAUUAUAGCGAGGAUAGCUUUCGUCAUUGCUUUCACAAUUUUUAAUCUGGUUUAUUGGAUUGUCUUGGUGUAUUUUGUAUGAGUGGAGAACAAGUUUUCAUGCCUUGGAAGUAAGGGCUUGGUUUGCGGAUAGAAAUCUUCUCUUUUAUCACUUUUACCAGCUCACACUUACCGACCAAUUUUUCACGCGCGAAGAAAUAUUCGGAGUCACCCCAGCCAUAACAAUAAAUUGAAAGUGUAAAAAGAAAGGAAGCCCGAAAAACAAACCAACAAAAGAUCGGUCUUUGUCUAUGAUCGUACAUCUCCCGAAAUAUCCGAUUUCAGAGAGGAAACCACCAGAGAGGUAGCUGUGUCAGAACUUCAAAGAUAUCUUCGGAACUUCCUCGGGCUUCUUCGGAAAGGAUCGGGUUGUAUCAAAUCAACUUAAAAUGAGCUAAUGAAGAUAAGCAAAUGAUUCCUAUAACUGUAUAAAUGUGUAAUAACUAGGUCACUAAGCUGAGUGAACGGUGGCUUGACGUAGGCCUC